CAAAGGGUGUAAACUAAAGAAAAUCAAAAGAUGCAUUUUCAAAAUAUUUAGAGAAACAAACUUUCGCGCCAAAAGCAGUUGUGCAACAAUGGCGGACUUACGGAGAUCCACCGUCUUCUUCACGGAGCAACACCUCUCGUACGCCGAUAUUCUUCCGCCUCUCGAGGUUCGAUCUAGAAUCGAAGUAGCGGUCCUUAAUUUCCUCAAGGUUUUGAAUUCUUCAACUCCAGCGAUCUCGAUCUUACCUAUGAUCAACCGUAAGAAAAGUAAUAGCAGAGUGAAUCAUGGACUGUUAACUGAAGAUUCAUGGAUUUUUCUGUCACGUUCAUUCUGCACAAGAUCUUUGAUGAGAGAGAACACUACUAAAUCCUUCAUGAGAGUGUGGAAGAUGAUGGAGAUGUGCUACGAGAUUUUAGUUAAGGAAAAGAGGGUAACCCAGAGAGAAUUGUUUUACAAGUUGCUUUGUGUGUCACCAGAUUAUUUCCCUUCUCAAGUACAGGUCAAUCAAACAAUCCAAGACGUUGUAGCAUUGCUUCGAUGCAGCCGCUUUAGCCUUGGAGUCAUGGCAUCUAGUAGAGGAGCCGUUGCUGGCCGUUUAUUGUUGCAGGAACCUGACCAAGAGAUUGUUGACUGCACCACAUGUGGGUCUUCCGGUUAUGCUAUUUCUGGUGACCUGAACUUGUUAGAAAAACUGACAAUGAAGACAGAUGCCCGUUAUAUCUUUGUUAUCGAGAAGCAUGCGAUAUUUCAGCGAUUGGCUGAGGAUCGCGUGUUCAAUCAAAUUCCAUGUAUUCUCAUCACUGCUAAAGGAUACCCUGAUCUUGCUACAAGGUUUCUUCUUCAUCGUAUGAGUCGAACAUUUCCUGAUAUUAAAAUUUUAGGACUUGUUGACUGGAAUCCAGCUGGAUUGGCUAUUCUCUGCACCUUCAAAUAUGGAAGCAUUGGAAUGGGACUAGAAGCAUACAGAUAUGCUUGCAAUAUCAAGUGGUUGGGGUUAAGGAAAGAUGAUUUGGCUGCAAUACCAGAAGAAUCUUUCAUUCCACUGAAGCCAAAAGAUCUGCAAAUUGCCAAAAGCUUGACUUCUUCUGAAAUAUUGCAGGAUAACUAUAAAGAAGAGUUGGCAGUAAUGGUUCAGAGUGGCAAGAAAGCAGAAAUUGAAGCUCUAUACUUCCAUGGGUAUGAUUUCUUAGGGAAAUACUUGGCAAAUAAAAUCGUGCAAGUCGAUUAUAUUUAGUACCAACUACAAGUCGCUCUCCAACGGACUUAACUAGUGUACUUGAGCUAUGUAGUUAAUAUCGCCAAUAUAUCACAGAUAUAUCGGUCCCUUGGUGAGAUAUGGAUACAAAAUACCGGUACUGAUAUUAUCGCCGAUAUCAGACCGAUAUAUCACUGAUUUUCCCGACAUUAGUACCUUUCUUCUUAGUUCUAUUAUCCGUCUUUCUUC